AUGGCAGGCCUCCUCGGAAACGUUACCAACAGCCUCGACAAGACCCUCACGGGCGGCGACGAGCAAAAGGGUCAGGGGGGUCUAUUGGGUGGCGUGGGCGGUGCUGUAGGAAAAACUGUUGAUGGAGCCGGAAAUGCUGUCGGAAAGACGACGGAAGGCGUGGGAAAUAUUGCUGGUCAAACGACCAGCGGGGUUGCAGAUGCUGCUGGGAAGACCACUCAGGGAGUUGGCAAUACCGCUGGAGGCUUGACAAAUACCGCUGGAGGUUUGGUUGGAGGAGCUACUGGUGGUCAAAAACAACAAUAA